ACAGUUUGAACACAAACUGGUUUCGUAUGAGGGACCAGAGAGGACGUCUGUUAGGUAUGAGGUAGUGAAUCCUGGGUGUGUUUUGUCCUGAGCUUUUGAGAAAACAUGUAUUUCCUUAUUUCAAAACAACAUCCUACUACAGCACAGGCAACACACCUGGACGUUUGGUAAAAACUUUGAUUUGAAGAAUUAAGCAUCAACAGCGUUGAGGGUUACAGUGCAGUGGAGACCGAAGAUUGAAUGCAGGAAGUUGUUUGGGAGGCGUUGUUUGAUUGACAGGUUGUGUUUGAUUGACAGUUGCCAGGAGUGACGGUUGAUAAGACAUGAUGAAGUGGGCGCUGGUUCUGUGUGUCAUGGUGGCUCUCUCUGAGUCCCUCGUCAAGGUCCCCCUGAUAAAGGGGAAGAGUGCCAGGGAUAGUCUGGAGGAGCAGGGCUUGUGGGAGAUAUACAGGAACAAGUUCCCCUACAACGCAGCCGCCAAGUUUGAACAGAGCUUCUACAGCAACCAGAUCAUCACCAACGACUUUGACCUGUCCUACUAUGGAGUGAUUUCCAUCGGGACUCCUCCCAAGUCCUUCAGUGUCAUCUUCGACACAGGCUCCUCCCCCUUUUGGGUUCCUUCCAUCUACUGCAAAAGCGUAGGCUGCAGAAACCACCGCAAGUUCCACCCGCUGUUGAGCAGCACCUUCCUGAACACUCGCAGGAUUCUGUCCAUCUCCUACGGCACCGGCAGCAUGGCCGGUUUCCUGGGCUACGACACCGUCGAGGUGGGAGGGAUCCAGAUCAGAAACCAGAUCUUUGGGCUGAGCCACACCGAGGCUCCUUUCAUGGCCCACAUGAAGGCUGAUGGGAUCCUGGGUCUGGCCUACCCUCGCCUGUCUGCCUCAGGGGCCACGCCCGUCUUUGAUAACAUGAUGAGUCAGCACCUCAUCGACCAGGACGUCUUCUCUGUCUACCUGAGCAGACACCAGAAGGGGGGCAGUAUGGUGACCUUUGGUGGAGUUGACCCCCAGCACUACACUGGACCAAUCACCUGGGUUCCUCUUUCCUCUGAGACAUACUGGCAGAUCACUGUGGACAGCGUCACCAUCGAGGGGAAGGUGGUGGCAUGUCAGGGGGGCUGCCAGGCCAUCGUGGACACCGGCACCUCUCUGAUCCUGGGGCCCCUGGUGGACACCCUCAGCAUCAACCAGGCUUUGGGGGCCACCCGACUGUUCACUGAUCAUGUUGUGAAUUGUAUCCUUGUUGACAAAAUGCCCACGGUAACCUUCAACAUCAAUGGACAUGCCUUUACAAUCCCAGGAGCUGCCUCUGUGCUAAGGUCCCACUACUAUGGCUGUCGUACCGGGUUUGGAAGCCUGGACUCCAGCCGGUGGAUCCUGGGGGACGUGUUCAUCAGGCAGUACUACACGAUCUUCAGCAGGGCCAAGAACGCAGUGGGCCUGGCCAAGGCAAAGUUAUCAAACCCAGAUAAAUUGUAAAAGCACCCCUGAGCCAUGAAAACAAGUGUCCGCUUGAAAACUAGAUCCUGCCCAACAUGACCAACAUGACUUUGUUGUCACUGAUGUCGACCCUUUUGUUUUUUUUUGUUUUUUCUCUCUUUAUAUGUUACCACUCGGCGACAUAAUCAGAGAACAUAAAAUAGAUUUCCAUAGCUAUGCGGAUGACACACAACUAUAUAUAUCCACUGAACCCAACGAUGCAACGGCCAUCAAUUCCAUUACCAACUGCCUGUUGGCAAUAAACAAAUGGAUGAAUGAUAACUUUCUUAAAUUAAAUGAAGACAAAACCGAAGUCCUACUAUGUGGCCCCAAAUCCAAAAGAGAGAUGCUUAUUAAGAAUCUUGGAGGCUUAACCCCCUGUCUUAAACCAGAGGUGACGAGUCUCGGUGUAAUCCUGGACUCAGAUUUGAAUUUCAACUCUCACAUUAAUAAAGUGACCAAAACAGCUUUCUUUCACCUGAGGAAUAUAGCAAAGGUACGACCAUUCAUAAACCAAAAUGAUGCAGAGAAGUUAAUUCAUGCUUUUAUAUCCAGCCGGCUGGACUACUGUAACGCACUUUUCACUGGUCUUCCCAAGAAAACCACUGAAAGACUACAGCUCAUUCAAAAUUCUGCAGCUAGAUUAUUAACCAAAACUAAAAGGAGAGAACACAUUAGUCCUGUCCUAGCUACUUUACACUGGCUCCCUGUUACCUUCAGAAUUGACUUUAAGGUCCUUUUCCUCACAUACAAAGCUCUACACGGACAAGGACCUAGCUACAUUGCUAACUCCUUUAUAAACUACACACCAGCUAGAACACUGCGAUCAUCAAAUGCAGGCCUAUUAGAGGUCACCAGAAGCAGUCAUAAGAAGAUUGGUGAUUCGGCCUUUGUCAAUUACUAUGGAACAAAUUACCCAUAAAUAUUAGGGAAGCAAACACUAGACAUUUUUAAAAGACAGCUUAAAACCUACCUUUUUACCGAAGCAUUUAAGUAAUUUUAUCUCAAAAGGGUUUUCCUACUUUUUAAAGUUGUUUUCUCUCUUGAACAGAGAUCUUAUUGGGAUUUUUUUUUUAAAAAAUUAUUGUUUAUCACUUGUAUUAUUGUUUUUAUUGAUUUUAUGUAAAGCACCUUGAGCUACAAUUCUUGUAUGAAAUGUGCUAUAUAAAUAAAGUCUUACUUACUUACUUACUUACUUUUAGAAGGAGGCAGGUUAAUGAUCAGGCAACCUGCUUUGUGUUGGGAGUGAGAGGGCAGGCCGGAUUGACAGUGAAAAGACAAUGAAUUUCCUCUGCAUGAUUAAAUGAUACUGAGUUGUAGCAUCUUGAAUAAGCUGGUCGAGUUUGCUUUGUUUAAACGUGUUAAGAAAAGAAUAAUUCUCACACAAAGUGAAAGUUGUAGAGUGAAU